AUGCACACGUUACAUUCAAUAAGGAGGUCCCCCUCAGGCUCCUCACAAGACGUGCAACCAUCCACUAUCAACCACGACCAGCCCGCUCACCCACUUCCACCAUCGCCACCCUCGCCGCUAUCGCCGCACUCGGGCACAGCUACGCCCCGUCAAGAUUCAGACUGCGACCACGGCGAAAGGGAUAAGGAAAAGGACAAGGACAAUUCCCGCACGUCUUUCGGGUCUCGCUUCACCAGUGUCCUCUCGUCUUUGUUCACGUUGGGCGACAGCUCUAGCUCCGACACCGAGGACAUGGACCCGACGGCCACGGCGAUGGCGGGGUUGAAACUGGACCCAGCAGCGGCCAACGGCGGCUCACCUUCCGCUCCUGUCGGUCCGCCGGGACCACUGAUGACAACCCCAACAACAAACCCGACGAGCCCCAGCCCGAGCACCACCCCGUCGACACCGCUCUCCCCCCACCAGGUCCAGUCACCAACCGCUCUGGUAGCCCACAACAUCGUAACGCCUGACCGCAGCCCCCAACUCAAGCCUGCCCCACUGGUACCCGGCGCGCUGACACCGCCACUGCUCAAACCCGCACGCACUGCCGGCCUUGGUAUCGGCCGCACACAGUCUCUCGGGCGGAAUGUUGGGCUGGCGAAGGGCAACGUGGCCCCUGUCCCCCGCCAGAACCAGCACACACAACACGGCCCGACACAGCCGCAGCACGGAGACUAUGGAUAUCGCUCUAAACACGGCACGGCUCUUCCUCCGCCACCACCGGCCGGUGGCGAGUAUCCCUCCAUCACUCUUUCCAGUCCGGCCACGCCGGUGGUGUCCAAGACCAAGAACCCCUUCCUCAGUAACAGCAACAGCAACAGCAACAGCCCUGACCGCGACCCGUCUCCGUACUCCCCGCCCCAUAAUGGCGGUGGUGGUGGUGGUGGUGGCGGCGGUCUGUUGGUCUCGAUCGACAGCGACCACCCGCCCCACCGGGACGGACACAAGCGCGAUUCGCCCAAGCACGAGCGCACGCCCAAGCAAGACAAGCUGCUCUACGAGAAACCACCGCGGUCACCUACGCGCGCAGUCUCCAUGACCACCCCGCGCACACACGUCCGUCCCUUGCCCCAGCCUCCGACCACGCUCGUGCGGACGAGCACGGUGCUGGACCAUAAGCGCGACCGGGAGAAGCGCGGCGGGGAGAAUGGUGGAGACCGGCCUGCCACAACGCGCAAGGCUCGAGCCGCCGAGAGGGAGACGUGGGAGACGUGCUAUUGCGGUAUUUGCGUGAGAGCCCGACGCCAGGAGCGUGAAUUGCUGCAAAUGGAGCAGGCUAAAGAAAACUCGCUCAGCUCGCUGCUCUUCUCUCGAUAG